CUCGUUAGCAGAUCCUUUAUGACUGCCGGUGCUGGACAAUAACCCCAAGCGUAACGAUGAUGUCCACUCGCUCACCUCUAAAAAGCAAGAAUGAGAACGUUGUUUCCACGAAGCUGGGGAGCAUGUCUCUGGGAAAUAAAGAAAACACGCCGCCGAGUUUGAGCUCGACACGAAUCCUGGCCUCCAAAACGGCGCGUAAAAUUUUCGAGGACUCUGAGAAGCCCAAAGCCAGCAAAACCAGUGUAGAGGAAGAGCCUCUGUUGAAGGAAAAUCCACGUCGCUUUGUCAUCUUCCCCAUUCAGUACCAUGACAUCUGGCAGAUGUAUAAGAAGGCCGAGGCCUCUUUCUGGACAGCUGAAGAGGUUGACCUCUCCAAGGACCUCCAGCACUGGGAGUCCCUAAAGGAUGAUGAACGAUAUUUCAUUUCUCAUGUGUUGGCGUUCUUUGCUGCAAGUGAUGGCAUUGUCAAUGAAAAUCUGGUGGAGCGAUUCACUCAGGAAGUCCAAGUGACCGAGGCACGCUGUUUUUAUGGUUUUCAAAUUGCCAUGGAGAACAUUCACUCUGAGAUGUACAGCCUACUUAUUGACACGUACAUCAAGGAUCCAAAAGAGAGGGAGUUUCUCUUCAAUGCUGUUGAGACUCUUCCUUGUGUGAAGAAGAAGGCUGACUGGGCCCUCAAUUGGAUCGGCAACAAGGAUGCACAGUUUGGCGAGCGAGUGGUGGCUUUUGCUGCUGUGGAGGGAAUCUUCUUCUCUGGGUCUUUUGCUGCAAUUUUCUGGCUAAAGAAGAGGGGCCUUAUGCCAGGCCUCACCUUCUCCAAUGAACUCAUCAGCAGAGAUGAGGGUCUUCACUGUGACUUUGCCUGUCUAAUGUUUAAGCACUUGGUAAACAAGCCUUCAGAAGCAACAGUCAAGAGCAUCAUUGUGAAUGCAGUUCAGAUUGAGCAGGAGUUCCUGACCCAGGCUCUGCCGGUUAAACUGAUCGGCAUGAACUGUGACCUGAUGAAGCAGUACAUUGAAUUUGUAGCCGACAGGCUGAUGAUGGAGCUAGGCUUCAACAAGAUCUAUAGAGUAGAGAACCCAUUUGACUUCAUGGAGAACAUUUCCUUGGAGGGAAAGACCAAUUUCUUUGAGAAGCGAGUGGGAGAGUAUCAGCGCAUGGGAGUUAUGUCUGGGUCCACCGACAACACCUUCCGGCUUGAUGCUGACUUCUAAACUCUGAGUAAAUGGACAUUUGUAAACAUUAACACUUGAAAAGGAGAUGCUCCUGUGACCACCCCCAACAUUCUCAGAAGGACUCUUAAAAUGGUAUGAAAUCUAAUGUACAUUUGUUUUUGUUUUUUGGUUUAAGUAAAUCUGUUGGGCUUUACUGUAUUUAGGCGCAGUUUGUUUUUACUUUAAUUGUACAUGUGUUUUUUGUUCUACGGGACUUAAGCGGUUGGGAAGGAUUAUUUAUAACUUGCAAAAAUGCAAUGUUUACUGCUUUUUAUGUGUAAACUAUUUCUGCUUUCCUCUAAAUGCUUGUGAGAAUGUAAAUAAACAACUUCUAUCUUUUUUUUC